CUCCUAAGACCCAUACAAAAUGCGACUUUGCUGGAAUCUUCUGGGAGCUGCACUACUGCUGGGCUCAUUAACAUCGGGAAUGAAGCCACCCAGAUCCUUCUUUCGGCGCAGCUACUACAGUUCGGUGGGUCCACCAGGACCCGUGCGCUUGAUGUCUGCAUCUAGUGGACCGCCUGGCUAUCGCUCUGACCUGCAAAUCAAUGAGAGCAAGCGCCGCGAUGUCACGAACAAAUAUCCAAAGAAGACACACUACAGGCCUUACACUUCGGAAGAGGAUGACUAUUCCAGCGAGCGCUACUCGGGUGAGUAUUCGGGUGAGACGCUCCAGGAUAGUCGCGAGUACACCAUAGGUACUCAAAUACGCGUGCAACAUCCCAUUACGGUUCCCAAGAAGGCCCACCCCAGUUCGCAAUACUCUAAGCCUCACAAAUAUGCGUCGACAACGCCCUAUAAGAGCAGCGGGCGGCCGGUAUUUACAUCCGAUGGUAAUUCUGGUGAGGAACCGGCUGUGGAGCCACCUUCAAAGCGUACAAAGUGGACGCCAGCGGCAUAUGAAUCGGAAGCAGACCCUUUCCACUUGGUGCCACCCCCGAAGACAACUUCUUCUUCUGCUCAUUCUGCGUACAGGGUUUUCGAACCGGAUCACGAUGACUAUGAUGUACCCACGCUUUCGAAAAAUCAUGAUCGAUAUAAGAGCGUAGCAUCCAAGAAACAGAUUGAGGCUUUUUUAGAAGAUCAGCAGAAGCUGCUCGACGACGCUAUUAAGCUACAGUUGCUCAAUAAUCCGAAGCUGCAAAAAUUCCUAAAAUCCAAUACACAUGAGCCGCGGCCCGACUUGGAUAUCGAAGAUUUUGAAACCUUUCCACCAAACUUCUCCGGCCCUGGUCCGCUGCACAGCAACAAUUUCAGUGGCGAGCAUCCGCCGCCAUCGCCGCCCAAAGGCAGCCGACCACACAGACGUCCGCCUGGCGUUGUGUUAAAGCGUUCCCCGAAACCGAAGCACAUUGUCACGCCGAAAAGGAAGUAUAGAUCGACUGCGCUGGUGAUUAAUGUGUGA